GCUAAAAACGACUUCAAUGGUCGGAUAUGGACACGCGUCAUAAAACCAGUUGCCUUCCUCCAAGAAAAAAAAAACUCAAUAAUCUUUUAUCUCUCCCCAAUCAACUAUCCUCGUUCACAUCUCCAUUUUUCUCAUCAGAGUUCUCGACCUGAGAAAAUAGUCAGAUCUGAGAUACAUUAAAACAAAAAAAAGGUAAAAGAUAAAAAGAUGACCAGCUUAAUCCCAUCGGAGAAACGAUGGAUCAUAACCGCCGUUUUACUCUCCGGUCUAAUCGGCGGCGCUCUACUCUUCACAAGCUUCAUACGAGCCGCCGACGACGCUUUCUUCCUCUGCUCCACCGCAAACGCCAAAAGCCGAGCGGUGGCCGCGGCGGCUGAUUAUUCAGCGACUCCGAUCCAGCUCCAAGCGAUCUUCCACUACGCCACCUCCACGGUGGUCCCGCAACAGAACAUCAACGAGAUCUCGAUCUCUUUCAACGUCCUCAAACAGCUAGCUCCGGCCAACUUCCUCGUCUUCGGUCUCGGCCGCGACUCGCUCAUGUGGGCUUCUCUUAAUCCACGUGGCAAAACCUUGUUCCUCGAAGAAGAUCUCGAGUGGUUUCAGAAAGUGACCAAAGACUCACCUUUUCUCCGUGCACAUCACGUGCGUUACAGGACGCAGCUACAAGAAGCCGAUAAGCUUCUACGCUCUUACAAAUCGGAGCCUAGCUGUUUUCCGGCGAAAUCUUAUCUCCGAGGAAACGAUCGGUGUAAGCUCGCUCUCACGGGACUUCCCGAUGAGUUCUACGAUACGGAGUGGGAUCUGAUUAUGGUCGAUGCUCCUAAAGGUUACUUUGCCGAAGCUCCGGGAAGAAUGGCGGCGAUUUUCUCGGCGGCGGUUAUUGCUAGGAACCGGAAGAAACCUGGAGUCACUCAUGUGUUCUUGCACGAUGUUAAUCGGAGAGUGGAGAAGACUUAUGCGGAGGAGUUUUUAUGCCGGAAAUAUAGAGUUCAUGCCGCCGGGAGGUUAUGGCAUUUCGCGAUUCCUCCGGCGGCUGCUAACGCUACCGUUGACGGUGGUGAUUAUAGGUUUUGCUAAAGAUUGCGACACGGUUUUUACUCUUUUUCCUUUUUUGCCCUUUUUCUUAUCUUUUAUUACAUAGAGUUCACUUAUUAUUCUGAUUUACUGCCGACAAUGUUGGAUCUACAACAUCUCGUGUUUUUUUGCCUAAGCCUUCGUAUCGACGUGGACUUUCCGUA